AUGGAGCUCCGAAGGGCGGCCGAUGCACUGGUGCGGUCGCAAGGCUCCCCUUUGGCCUCCCUGCUCAACCCAUCAACGACUGUACGAUGGACAACAAGCGGACAAUUGAGCUGUAAAAGCUCUGCUCCCCGUCAGUCAACACGGUCUCUAUCUACCAGCCCCCCAAGAACCGCAAUAAAGCCCCAACCAACAACCUACGCCCCUCCGCCUUCUCAAGACGCAGAAUCAACCUCCUCAAAAGCCGCACCAUACAAGCCCAAACCCUUCGAAUCCUCUCCGCCUCCACAAAAAUCAGCCGACGACCUCACCUCCCUAGCCGCCUCCCUAGGUUGGGCUGACCCUUCGCGCACCAGCGCCCCACCCCGCCCCAGACCCUCCUUCCAACCGCCGGCCUGGGCGUCCAGCUCGCUCUCCUCACCUCGAGAGCAGCGUUUCAACGGCGGCUCCUCCGCGUCCGAUAUCAUCGAGGCCCUGAACGCAACACAAGAAGGGAAGCGCUCUGCUCGUGGCUCCUUUCCUUCUUCCUCCGCGUUUGGGACGGCGUCGGAUUCACUCUCACGCCCGGGUUCGAAUUCCGUGUUAGAUGUCUCAAGAAUGCUGUCGCCGUUCCCCUCCUCAGACCUGUCAAUGUCGCAAGACGUGGUAAGAGAGAUGAGGAUUCUAAAACCGAUUCGCGUGCCGAUCAAUCUUGGGCCGAGUACAGGGAGGAGCGUGCAAAUUGGAGCAGGCAUUGAUAUUGGACGUGGGUUUCGGUUGCUGGAGCAGAGCUGUGCACGGAAUAAGGUGAAGAGGGAUGCGAAUAUACAGCGCUUUCAUGAGAGGCCUGGUCUGAAGAGGAAGCGCUUGAGAAGGGAGAGGUGGCGGCGGAAGUUUUUGGAGGGCUUCAAAGCGACGGUUGGGAGGGUCAAGCAGUUGAAGAAUCAGGGGUGGUAG